CAUUUUCCCUUGAAAUAUAUUGUUUCAGCAUCUAGCAACUUGCAAAGCAACUAGAUUGGACCGAACGUAUAAUCCUUGAUCUUUUUUUUUCCUUCCUUUUUUUAUAUAUGAAAAAUCACAUUAGUGCCCUCUAUUUAACAUGUUGUCUAUAAAAGAUUAUGAACCACGUACUAACGAAUUUUUAAAGGAAAAAUGGAAGACGCAAUUUCUUCAUCGCCUUCUUGUUAUCCCAUUCUACAUGACAUGGGAACAGAAAACAGUGGAGCAAGAAAUGAGUUUUUCCCAGAAGAUUCAUUCAAAAGUUUAGGUGAUUAUGGAAAAGCAUUCAUGAAAACACCAUACAGGUUGAAAGAUAGAAUGUUUACACGAUCAAAAGAUUACAUGGAAAUUGUGGAGAUGAAAGCUAGAAGCAGCCACCAAAUGAAGAAAACUCUGAAUGGUUGGGAUCUUAUUUGGUUCGGAAUCGGCGCAGUUGUCGGUUCCGGCAUUUUUGUUCUCACCGGUCUUGAAGCUCGUGAGGAGGCUGGUCCUGCCGUUGUUUUGUCGUAUGCUGUCUCCGGUAUCUCUGCUUUGUUGUCUGUUUUUUGCUACACCGAAUUUGCAGUGGAAAUUCCUGUCGCAGGUGGGUCAUUUGCAUACUUAAGAGUAGAAUUGGGAGACUUUGUGGCCUUCAUAGCUGCUGGAAACAUACUCCUUGAAUAUGUUAUAGGAGCAGCAGCCGUAGCUCGAUCAUGGACCUCCUAUUUUGCCACCCUCUGCAACAAAAAUCCUAACGAUUUUCGUAUAAUAUUCCACAAUAUGAACCCUGAUUAUGGUCAUCUUGACCCUAUUGCUGUUAUAGCCCUCAUAGCCAUCGCCACUCUUGCAGUCUUGAGCACCAGAAUCUCUUCUCUCUUCAACAAAAUUGCAACAAUCUUUCAUUUAGUUGUCAUUGCCUUCAUCAUCAUUGUUGGCCUAAUCAACGCCAACCCCGAAAACUACGCUUCAUUUGCUCCUUUUGGUACCAGAGGUGUUUUUAAAGCCUCGGCUGUUCUUUUCUUUGCUUACAUAGGCUUUGAUGCAGUGUCAACUAUGGCCGAGGAAACUAAAAACCCUGGCAGAGACAUUCCUAUUGGUCUUGUAGGAUCAAUGGUAAUUAUCACUUUCAUAUAUUGCUCACUAGCAACAACACUAUGCCUUAUGCAGAACUACAAAACAAUUGAUGUCAAUGCACCAUUUUCGGUUGCAUUUAGUUCUGUUGGAUGGGGAUGGGCUAAAUACAUUGUUGCAUUGGGAGCAUUGAAGGGAAUGACGACUGUUUUGUUGGUUAAUGUUGUCGGUGCCUCACGUUAUUUAACUCACAUUGCUCGUACUCACAUGAUGCCUCCUUGGUUUGCUCUUGUUCAUGAGAAAACCGGGACACCUUUGAAUGCUACAAUUGCAAUGGUUACAGCUACUUCUGUGGUUGCAUUUUUCACUGAUCUUCGUAUUCUUUCAAACCUAUUGUCGAUUUCAACGCUUACUAUUUUCGUGCUUGUAGCAAUUGGGAUUUUAGUGCGUCGUUAUUAUUCAACUGGGGUAACUACAAAAGAUAAUCAAGUUAAGCUCAUUGUAUGUGUUGUUUUGAUUAUUGGAUCUUCAUGUGGCAUGUCUGUUUAUAGAGCAAUGAGUGAUGGUUGGAUUGGAUGGGCAUUUUCAGCACCAUUGUGGCUUUUAGGAACCGGAGGUAUUUGCCUUCUUGUUCCACAAGCAAAGAAACCUAAAGUGUGGGGGGUACCUUUAGUUCCUUGGUUACCUUCUUUUUCUAUUGCUAUUAAUAUAUUCCUUCUUGGAUCUAUUGAUAAAGAUUCAUAUGUAAGGUUUGGGAUAUGGUCAGGGAUUUUGUUGAUUUACUAUUUUCUCAUUGGGUUGCAUGCUUCUUAUGAUGCAUCAAAGGAGGUUGAAAGCAGACAUACUAUGGCCCAAUAUGUUGACAAAGAGAUUAACAAUGUUGAAGAGGAAUGUAAAAAUUAGAGGCAAGGUAAUUGGCCAAGGUGUUCUUGUUUAGUGAAUGUGAAUUGUGGCAAAUGUUAGAUAUCAAAGUUAUUCUAUGUUUCUAAGUCAGUGAUCAUCCAUUAAGUAUUAUUAUAUAUUCUAUUAUAACAUAUUGAUAAAUAAUGCUAUUGUUAUUCUAUGAAA